AUAUACGUCAUUUCCGGUGACGAUAAGCGCAAUGGCGCACUCCAGUGUUUUCAGCUGCAGACCGACAUGAGAUUUAACUAUCUUCAAAGUAGCUAGUUGUCAUGAACAGCUAUAGGACGGUUACAUUGGCUUGUAAUAAGUAUCUUAUAAGGACAUGUAAAAUGGUAAUUCGCUCAGGGAAAACGGGCAGUAUUUGUCACAUAUCGAGGGGAGUAGCAUCCUUGCUCACGCGGACACAUGCUUCUGCCCCGAGACGAGAGGCACCAGCACCAGUGUCUGACUCUGACAAGAGACCGAAUCUGAGAGCCAUCGACCUUGCUCGCAAAAUUCGCCAGGAGAAACAGAAUGGAAAGGCAACUGGUGGUGGGUCAGAAGCGGCUGUCCCUAAUCCGUCGGUGCCAGUGUCGCCACUGCAAAAGAGGGUCAUCGAGCUGCGACAGUUCACGCAGCAACUGCAGAAUGUUCACCCCAACGUUCUUGCCAAGCACCUUCACAGAGGUCUGAUCCUCCCACAUCCAGAGCUCGCCGUCAUUAAUAAACCCUAUGGAGUUUCUGUUCAAGAUGGGUCAAGGGACAAAAACAACAUCACCGACGUGCUUCCAAUCCUUGCCAAGAUGAUGGAUGGAAUAAGGGCUGGGACUCAGCUGCACGUCUGCCUUGGAUUGGACAAGGAAACGACAGGGACCCUCCUGCUGGCAAGGACUGAAGAAGCAUUGGCCUAUGUACAAAACCUCCACAAAAACCACCAAGUGGAGAGGAAAUAUUGGGUUGUUGCUGUGGGUGUGCCUGUUCCCUCUGAGGGAGUGAUUGACAUUCCCGUCAUAGAGAGAGAGGUCACAGGGGCUCAACCUCACUUCAAGAUGGGCCUGAGUCCUGUGUACAGGGUGAGUGAAGGGGGCGAGGGAGUGACCAAAGUGCGGGCCAAUCGGCAGGCCCAGGGUGCUGUGACCCGGUACCGUGUCCUGGACAGCAGCAACGGCUGCAGCCUGGUAGAGCUCCAGCCUGUCACAGGGGUGAAGCACCAGUUGAGGGUCCAUAUGGCGUACGCUCUGGGAUCUCCUAUCCUCGGAGACCACAAAUACUCCCACUGGACCAAACUGGCACCCCAGAAACUGCCGGAUGGUGUGUUGCGGAGGCUGGGACUAGAACAGAGCAAGGCGCGUUACCUGCCUCUCCACCUACAUGCCCGUCAGCUGACAGUGCCAGAGUUCAAAGGUCAGAGUGACAUCACGGUCUCCUGCCCCCUGCCGAAAUAUUUCACCAGCACUUUGCGACGACUGCAGAUCCCGAUUCCAGAUGAGAAAGAGGAAGAAUGACGCUUCAGCGGCUCCUGUGCAGACAGGAUACAGAAGACUAUUGCUUUAGAAAUAUGGAACAGCAUCACUUCAAGUGACCCUUGGCCUAAUGGUUGUUUAAGUUUGUACCUGGACUGGGAAUUAUAACUGUGUGACAAAUAAAAUAAAUGAACAGUAUUUUCCUAAUUUCA